ACAUCAUCCUGCUUAAUCACAGCAGUAGCAACCAAAAUGCAGAACAAAGCUAACGUCCUCCUGAUCGGCUGCGGCGGCAUCGGCACCAUCGGGGCCCUCAACCUCGAACUGGGCGCCCAAGCCACUGUCACCGCCGUCUUGCGAUCGAACUACGAACAUGUCAAGGCACAUGGCUUCUCCAUUAAAUCCAUCGACCACGGCGAGGUCGAAGGCUUCAAACCAUCCAUUCUCCGCAACACCAUCCCCGACCUCACCACCGAAUCCCUCCCUCCCUACGACUACAUCAUCGUAACUACCAAGAACUACGCCGACAUCCCCCCGUCCGUGGCGACACUAAUCCAUCCCGCCGUCACCCCGGGCCACACCCGCAUUGUCUUACUCCAAAACGGCCUCAACAUCCACAAACCCCUACAAUCCGCCUUCCCCACCAACAUCAUCCUCAGCGGCGUGAGCUUCUGCGGCUCUCACCAAGUCGCCCCGGGGAAGAUCGUCCAUGAAGACGACGACGAGCUGUACAUCGGCGCCUUCCGCAAUGCGGGCCUCGCUCCGGAGGUCGAAGACGCCGCCGCGCAGGACUUCGUGCGCAUCUACGGCGCGGGCGGGAAGUGCCAGCCGCAGUUCAACCCCGACGUGGCUUUUAGUCGGUGGCGCAAGUUGCUGUACAACGCGUGCCUGAACCCAAUCUGUGCCAUCACCGAUCUUGAUACGGGGAGGAUUCAGCUGGCGGAGGGGGCAAUUGAGGACCUCGUCAGACCAGCCAUGCGGGAGAUUCAGGCUGCGGCGAAGACGUGCGCGGGCGUGGAGCUGCCCGACGAGACCCUGGAUUUUAUGAUCACCAUGGAUCCCAUCACCAUGUACAAUCCGCCGAGUAUGCAGGUGGAUGUGCGGAGCGGGCGGUUCACGGAGUUUGAGAAUUUGGUGGGCGAGGCGGUGCGCGAGGGCAGGGCCAAGGGAGUGGCCAUGCCGACGUUGACCGUCUUGUAUGGGAUUUUGAAGGCGAUGCAGUGGCGGACGAAGGAGAAGAGGGGGUUGGUCACGGUACCGGAGGCGGUCGAUCAUACUGUUCUGAAGUAA